UCUUCUUUCUGUUCAAGUGCCAUUUCGUUGCAUGCAGUGCAGUCUAUAAAACAGAAUGCGUUCUCAGCGGGUCUCGAGUUUCCUAUCACUUAUCGUCAUUCGUAGCGUAUAAACAUAACAGCACGCGGUCAUUAGCUCGAUUCAUAUUGUUUACGUAUCCGUCUGGCACAUGGGAGCGCGGCAGGAUCGCAGCUAAAAUCGCGUUGGUGUCGUCUGGUUGGUCGUAAAAGAGUACGGGACCGCUCGGGAUCGUUCGUGGCGUCUCAGGCGUCGUUGGAUAUUCGCGGGAGCAUCUCGACGAUACGGGCGCGCAAAAAUGUCAUGCAGCUACGCGGACGGGUUAUCGCCGUACGAAAACAAAGGGGUGCUGGGACAGGAGGAGAGAUACGACACCGCGGAGACGCUUCGUCUGAAGUGUGGCCUCCUGGCCGACUGGAUACAAGGCGCCCGUCAUGUCGUGGUGCAUACCGGCGCCGGUAUCAGCACCGCCGCGGGUAUUCCUGACUUUCGGGGUACAAAUGGUGUGUGGACAUUGGAGCAGAAAGGUUUGAAACCUUCAAUGAACAUUUCCUUUGAUGAAGCAAUACCUACAAAGACCCAUAUGGCUAUGAAAAAGUUGAUAGAAAGCAAAAAAGUGAAGUUCGUUAUAAGCCAGAAUAUUGAUGGACUGCAUCUGCGAUCGGGAAUACAGAGACAGUACCUUGCGGAGUUACACGGAAACAUGUUCACGGAACAAUGCGACAAAUGUGGCAGGCAAUUUAUUCGUAAUUUCGCCACCAAGAGUGUGGGAAAAAAGUCCCUGGAUACCGUCUGCAGAUCUGAACAAAUAGGCGGUCGCCCUUGUCGCGGCCGGAUGCACGACACCAUUCUCGAUUGGGAGCACAAUUUACCGGACAGCGAUUUGACACUAUCUGACUUGCAUUCCAGCGUCGCCGAUCUAAGCAUAUGCUUGGGAACCACGUUACAAAUCAUUCCGAGCGGUAAUCUACCUUUAUACACGAAGAAAUACGGAGGUCGUCUUGUCAUAUGUAACCUGCAGCCGACGAAGCACGAUAAGAAGGCCGACCUGAUUAUCAACGGCAACGUCGACGAGAUAAUAAUCACCGUGAUGAAGAAGCUGGGACUGGAGAUACCGGAGUACGAGAGCAGCAUGGAUCCGACGCGAAAUUCCGACACGACCGCCAAAGAGAUGGACUGGACGAUCCCGACGAGUAGAAUAAAGGAGAUGAAUGUGCUGUACAAGAAGGUGUGCAAGCCGAUGCGGAGGAAACGGAAAACGUUCAUGUACGAGCGCGAGAGGACGGACACGACGAAGAGGGAGACGAAGGCCAGGAAGCAGGCGUUCACGGUGAAGCAGGAAAUCAAAACGGAGGAUAAUAAUCUGGCCGCGACCGGUGGGAUGUACAAGGCCGAGGAUGAUCGUGUCGUACCCGAGGGGAAUCCCGUCAAGACGGAAGAGAACACGGUGGACGUUGAGACAUGUAGGUACUCGGUGGAGGACGUCACGACGGUCGAGCACAGCACAAAUAUGGAAAUGAACCAGACGGUGUAGCAAGUUUGGACCGGGCGUUGAUUUUUUCCAUUCUAUACAUAUAUUUCGAUUACUCUCAGUGUACGCUGUCGUUACUUAUGAGUGCAUACCGAUUGAUAUUCAUUCAAUGAUAAGAUACGUCUCCGAAAGCGGAAUAUAGGUUUAUAUCUAUUAAGUAGAUCUCUCUCUCGCCCAAGACGUAGCUCCGUAUUCUGAACUCUCUUUCGUCGAUGAAAGCGCGCUUCUCUAAAAGUGGCUUGGGAAGCACUCGAUCGGACGGGGAGCUACAUUUCGAACACUUUUGUAUCGAUAAAAGAGACUUCCGAAUACCGGCUGUACUCAUCACACAUUUAGCAUUAAAUACUAGUGCUGUCCGUCUCGACUAUUCGAGUACCUGGGUCUUCCUGGAUUAUCCGGCCACCCGGAUAACCGGAGACCUUUCGGGUGUCACCCGGAUACUCGGGUAACUGAAUAUACAGUUAAUUUCGGACGAGUUACAAGUUAUUGAUUGCUCGAACGAUGACAAGCGAGCGAAUAUAUCGCAGAGUCGUAUCUACUUGUUACUAUUUUCCGGCUGCCGGAGUAAUAUCCGCGAUUGAGGAUGUCGUCCGGGUGCUCGGGUAGUAUCCGCGAAUGUGUACACUCGGGUACACCGAAAUAACCGGAUUAUACUGACAACAAUAUUAAGUACGGCAAUCUUGUUCUUUUUUUUUCUUCUUUUUCUCGCAUAACUUCUUCCACACGGAAGUCGAGGGUUGGAUAGUGUGUAAACUGUUGAGCUGUAACACGUUCGUUGAUUUUUGUUCCUAAGUACUUAAACGCUCUUGUCGCGGCCCCGUUCGGGCCGAAUAAUAAUCAGCAAUGAUGUAAUCAAUCAAACUAGGUUAAUUUCAGUUCGGUUCUCCGUCUCCGGCCGUUCGUGCAGCGCGCUUUCCCGACCGUCUUCUUCCCGAGAGCUUUCGUGUCUUCGAAAGGUUUAACGUUAAAUGUGCAGCGAGAGAAUACGGAUAUUCAUUGAUUUUUUCCAUUGAUCACGUAAACGUCAUUCCCACUGUCUGAAGGCCCGGAUCUGUUCCAGCAAAUUGUCUGUAUAUAUACAUAUUCGUCUCGGUAUCUGUUGAAGUUGCGUUCCUCGUGGUAUCUGCUUUUUACAACUCGCCUACGUAUUUACGCAUACGCAUAUUAGACAACGCGGG